AUGCGUUUAAUAACUGGCAUCAGCUUUACGGAACAGACCAGAACGUGCCGAGGUGGCUACGGAUGGAUCGUUGUUAUGGCGACGUUUGUUACGUAUUUUAUUGCCGAUGGAAUUUCGUUCAGCUUCGGCGUUUUGUUGCCUGUAAUCGAGGACCAAUUUCAUUGCAGUAAAAGCGAAAGUCCAAUCGUCGGAUCAAUAUAUUGGGGCGCGACUCAACUGGCCCGACCUCUGGCUAGCAGCCUCAUAGAAAGCCACGACUCCAGAAUCGUCGCUGUCAUAAGCGCGACAGUCAGUUUCAUUGCCAUUUUCAUCAGCAACUUUUCACCGUACCUGUGGCUGACGACGGUUACGUUUGAGCUGAUUGGCGGAACAGGUGUGAGCAUUUGCUACACUACUGGAAUGGUAGCCGUCGCACAGUAUUUCUGCCGGAAACGAGGGAUUGCCACUGGCAUGACGUUAGCGGGAAGUGGUUUCGGAACGGUUGCCCUCCCGCCUCUGGUAGGAUAUCUUUUGAACACUUAUCGCUGGAACGGAGCGGUACUCCUGCUAUCAGGAAUAGCCCUUGACAUGGUACUCAGCGCCUCACUGUUGCGAGAUCUGAGACAUUCUCCAGGUAUGCUACUUGUCCUUGGUCAGGUUGUAAUCACCAACUGCCUACGGUCGUGGUUUUGCAUAGGAAAACGACAGAAGACACCACCGCUAACGACAAAGUCUGCUACCUCAACCAGCGUUUUGGCAAAAAUGCUGCUUUCCCCUUUGCCAAUCUCUUUUGUUUCAGCACCCUCCAGCUUAGCUGCUGUACCUGUUUUGGCUAAGAAGUCUCAGUCAGAUCUUCGGAUUGUUCGCUUUUGGAUACAAAUUCCUUCAAACAGUCAAUCGUACUCAGUCCAGCCCUGACG